UCGGAGUGGGCACCGGCCAUGUUGGAGGUGACCUGGAUGGAAUCUGCUGCAGCGCUGGGGCACCAGUUUUAGGAGAGGCGCCAACUCCUACUCUUGGGGCCAGCUGGUGGAGGCAAUAGACGAGUAUCAGAUAUUAGGAUAAAAAGAGGCCCAAGCUCAAUACAAUAAUUCUGAAUUCACAAAGAACAAAAGAAAACCAUAGGCAAAAUUGCAACAUGUUUGGAAUUAUGAAGUGCAGCUUUAUAGUCCAGUCUCAAGAACUUAAACUUGAGGACCUGAAGAAGCUAGGACCAAUCCUAAAGAAUAUUACAUAUAAUAAGGAAUUCCCAUUUGACGUGCAGCCUGUCUCCUUAAGAAAAAUUUUAGCACCUGGUGAAGAAGAGAAUUGGGAAUUUGAAGAAGAUGAAGAAGAGGGUGGUGCUAGAGCAGGGUCUCCUGAUUCCUUUCUUGCUAGAGUUCCUGGCACUUUCCUACCCAGGCUGCAGUCAGAACCAGGAAUAACGUCACUCACCAUCAGAAUUGAGAAAACCAGUCUGAAAGAUGCGGGGCAGUGCAUCGAUCCCUAUAUCACAGUUAGCCUAAAGGAUCUGAAUGGCAUAGAUUUAACUCCUGUGCAAGAUAUGCCUGUGUCUUCAAGAAAAGAAGAUAUGUACGUUCAUUUUAAUGUGGACAUUGAGCUCCAGAAGCAUUUUGAAAAAUUAACCAAAGGUGCCAGUAUCUUCUUUGAAUUCAAACACUACAAGCCUAAAAAAAGGUUCACCAGCACCAAGUGCUUUGCUUUCAUGGAGAUGGAUGAAAUUAAAGCCGGGCCAAUUGUAGUAAAACUAUACAAGAAACUCACUGACUUUUAAAAGAAAUUGCAGUUAUUGACCAAGAAACCACUUCAUCUUCAUCUACAUCAGACUUUGCAGAAGGAAUGAUCCCGACAUGAGUCACCUGGAACGUCUGUGAAUUCUCCCACCCAGUAGCAACCCUCCCGGCUCCACAUAGCGCAUUCCUCCUCCCCAAGGCAGGAGGCAGGGCGUGCCCGUGGGAUUCACAGUCCAGCAGGCCAUUGACAUAGACGACUCCUUUGGAUACGGACUUAUCGUAGUUUUGAAACAUGUUUUUACCUUUAUAGUAUUUGUGCAAUUCAUAGUCUCUUUUCUAACUUACCACUAUUCCUGCCCUGCUUCCUGAAACAACACUGCUGUGGGUAGGAUGUGCUCAUCUUCAAAAUUAAUACAGCAAUAAGAAUGUGCUAGAGUUUACACAUCUGUUCAAAAAAAAAAAAAAAAAAGAAAAGUAUAGAGCAUACCAUGAAGCAGAGGAUGCGAUAAAAGAACAGAGGGACAGAAAAUGUCACCAGAAUGGAUGAGAAGGUUUGCUACAUCAGAAACAGCCCAACACCCAAAGUAAAACCAAGCCAAAGUCUUGAAAGGAAAAUAAAGACAAACACUGUCAAAAACUUUAUUAUGACUGUACACUUAACCUCAUUCUGACAUGUGUGAGAUGAUAGCUUUAAAAAAAAAAACAAAAAACAAAACACUGGGGCACCUGGGUGUUUCAGUCAGUUAAGUGUCUGCCUUUGGCUCAGGUUAUGAUCCUGGGGUACCGGGAUUGCCCCCCCUCUUGGGCUCCCUGAUGUCUGCUUCUCCCUCUGCCUCUUCCCUUCCCCCACUUGUGCUCUGUCUCUCUCUCUCAAAAACAAAACAAAACAAAACAAAAAAAUUGGAAGAGAUUGUUAAAAUUCUAGUUGAGAUUUUGCUGAAUGUGAAAAACUAUCCUGAAGUAUUUCCCAUUACCACUGAGAAUUAUGACAUUAAACAUUAUUGCUAUAAAACAUUUUAAUACACAAAUUCCAUCAAAUUCACAGAAUUGGAAUAUGUAGCUACUCUAAGUACAGUACAAAGAAAUUUCACUUCUGAUAAAAAUACAAGUUUUCUGUUUCAUUUUUAGCAUUUUGACAUCUAUAUAUUUAGGAAUUGAAGCAGACCUUGGGUAUAUUCAACUAAUUUUGAGGGGACAGAGGGUGUAACCAUUCAGCCAUUCAAUUAAAAGAGGAAAUGCUUCAAAACCAAGAAAUUACUCUUUUAAGACAGUUCUCUAAUUUCCAUAUUCUUAUUCCAUAAUGUUCUGUAAUAUUUAAAAAAAAAAUACCUGGCUUUCAGGGCUUCUUAAACUUACAGAUUUGAUAAUUAUGUGUGUAAUAAAAAUU